CUCUGGCUGAGCCUAGGGCGGGCGGGGGACCGGUAUAAAGCAGCAGGCGCCUGUGCCUGCUCCACCUCGUGCGCACUGCCUGCCUGAGUCUGUUCUGCCCCCUCCCCACCACUUGGCCACCACCAUGACACCGGACAUCCAGGCCCCUUUCUUCUUCCUGCUGCUGCUAUUCCAAGUGCUUACAGUCUCUGGUACAAGCAGCAGCAGUACACAGGCUUUAACUGACCAAAGCACCUCACCCCGGGCCACCAGUGGCGCCUCAUCUCCGACCACCAGCCCUGCCUCAGGCUCGGCUGCCCCUUCGGUCCACGGUGGCACCUCACCCCGGGCCACCAGUGGCGCCUCAUCUCCGAGCGCCAGCCCUGCCUCAGGCUCGGCUGCCCCUUCGGCCCACGGUGGCACCUCACCCCGGGCCACCAGUGGCGCCUCAUCUCCGACCACCAGCCCUGCCUCAGGCUUGGCUGCCCCUUCGGCCCACGGUGGCACCUCACCCCGGGCCACCAGUGGCGCCUCAUCUCCAAGUGCCAGCACUGCCUCAGGCUCGGUGGCCCCUCCGGUCCACGGUGGCACCUCACCCCGGGCCACCAGUGGCGCCUCAUCUCCGAGUGCCAGCCCUGCCUCAGGCUCGGCUGCCCCUUCGGUCCACGGUGGCACCUCACCCCGGGCCAACAGUGGCGCCUCAUCUCCGACCGCCAGCCCUGCCUCAGGCUCGGCUGCCCCUUCAGCCCACGGUGGCACCUCACCCCGGGCCACCAGUGGCGCCUCAUCUCCGAGCACCAGCCCUGCCUCAGGCUCGGCUGCCCCUUCGGCCCACGGUGGCACCUCACCCCGGGCCACCAGUGGCGCCUCAUCUCCGACCACCAGCCCUGCCUCAGGCUUGGCUGCCCCUUCGGCCCACGGUGGCACCUCACCCCGGGCCACCAGUGGCGCCUCAUCUCCAAGUGCCAGCACUGCCUCAGGCUCGGUGGCCCCUCCGGUCCACGGUGGCACCUCACCCCGGGCCACCAGUGGCGCCUCAUCUCCGAGUGCCAGCCCUGCCUCAGGCUCGGCUGCCCCUUCGGUCCACGGUGGCACCUCACCCCGGGCCAACAGUGGCGCCUCAUCUCCGACCGCCAGCCCUGCCUCAGGCUCGGCUGCCCCUUCAGCCCACGGUGGCACCUCACCCCGGGCCACCAGUGGCGCCUCAUCUCCGAGCACCAGCCCUGCCUCAGGCUCGGCUGCCCCUUCGGUCCACGGUGGCACCUCACCCCGGGCCACCAGUGGCGCCUCAUCUCCGAGUGCCAGCCCUGCCUCAGGCUCGGCUGCCCCUUCGGUCCACGGUGGCACCUCACCCCGGGCCAACAGUGGCGCCUCAUCUCCGACCGCCAGCCCUGCCUCAGGCUCGGCUGCCCCUUUGGCCCACGGUGGCACCUCACCCCGGGCCACCAGUGGCGCCUCAUCUCCGAGCACCAGCCCUGCCUCAGGCUCGGCUGCCCCUCCGGUCCACGGUGGCCCCUCACCCGGGGCCACCAGUGGCGCCUCAUCUCUGAGCGCCAGCCCUGCCUCAGGCUCGGCUGCCCCUCCGGUCCACGGUGGCACCUCACCCCGGGCCACCAGUGGCGCCUCAUCUCCGAGCGCCAGCCCUGCCUCAGGCUCGGCUGCCCCUCCGGUCCACGGUGGCCCCUCACCCGGGGCCACCAGUGGCGCCUCAUCUCCGAGCGCCAGCCCUGCCUCAGGCUCGGCUGCCCCUCCGGUCCACGGUGGCACCUCACCCGGGGCCACCAGUGGCGCCUCAUCUCCGAGCGCCAGCCCUGCCUCAGGCUCGGCUGCCCCUUCGGUCCACGGUGGCACCUCACCCCGGGCCACCAGUGGCGCCUCAUCUCCGAGCACCAGCCCUGCCUCAGGCUCGGCUGCCCCUCCGGUCCACGGUGGCACCUCACCCCGGGCCACCAGUGGCGCCUCAUCUCCGAGCGCCAGCCCUGCCUCAGGCUCGGCGGCCCCUCCGGUCCACGGUGGCACCUCACCCCGGGCCACCAGUGGCGCCUCAUCUCCGAGCGCCAGCCCUGCCUCAGGCUCGGCUGCCCCUCCGGUUCACGGUGGCACCUCACCCCGGGCCACCAGUGGCGCCUCAUCUCCGACCACCAGCCCUGCCUCAGGCUCGGCUGCCCCUCCGGUCCACGGUGGCACCUCACCCCGGGCCACCAGUGGAGCCUCAUCUCCGAGCACCAGCCACAUUACCAGGACAAUUGCCAGCAGCACUAACCAGAGCAUAGUACCUCCGACCUCCUCCAGUCAUAAGACUUCUCAGCAGUUGCCUAUUAGGGUCUCCCUGUUCUUCCUGUCUUUUCACAUUACGAACCUCCAGUUUAACUCUUCCCUGGAAAAUCCCAGCACCAGCUACUACCAGAAGCUGCAGAGAAGCAUUUCUGUAUUGUUUGUGCAGACUUAUAAACAAGAGGAUUUUCUGGGCCUCUUAGGUAUCAAGUUCAGGCCAGGAUCUGUGAUGGUAGAAUUAACUUUGGCCUUCCGAGAGGGUACCACUGCCCACAACUUGGAGAGACAGCUUGGUCAGCUUGAAGCAGCAGCAGUCAAAUAUAACCUGACCAUCAGUGGAGUUAGUGUGCGUGAUGCAUCAUUUCCUUCCUCUGCCCAGUCUGGAUCUGGGGUGCCUGGCUGGGGCAUUGCCCUGCUGGUACUGGUCUGUGUUCUGGUUGCCCUGGCCAUCAUUUAUCUCAUUGCCCUGGUUGUGUGUCAGUGCAGACAAAAGAACUAUGGGCAGCUGGACCUCUUUCCAACCCGAGAUGCCUACCAUCCUAUGAGCGAGUACCCCACCUACCACACCCAUGGGCGCUAUGUGCCCCCUGGCAGUACCAAACGGAGCCCCUUUGAGGAGGUUUCUGCAGGCAAUGGUGGCAGCACUCUCUCUUACACGAACCUGGCAGCCACUUCCGCCAACCUGUAGGGGCACGUUGCCUGCUGAGCAUCCAGCCAGCGCCGACUGCCUCCCUGGGUUUCUUCACUGCUGCAGCACCCCCCCCUUGCCCCCAACUCUGUUCUGGGCUGGUGAGCUGGGCAUUCAGGUGGGCUGCCCACAGUCUCCCUCACAGGCCCCACCAAGUCCCCUAACCCAUCUUAGCCCUGGCGAAGCCCAUCCGAGCCCCUGGGGACAAGCCUGAGGCAGUGGCUCCCAGGAGGACUGGCGGGGACAGCUCGGAGAUGGGAGUGGGAACCUGAACAUGGCUGAAUAAAACUCGGGCCUCCUCUUCGCUGA